AUGCUUGGAAGAGGAUCUGCAUUUAGCACACAUGUACAAAAGAAGGAAAUUAAAUCACGAGUACCUAAUAUAAUCUUUAAUGAGAAACCAUGUAGAUCGUUCUUUCUUAGUGUAAGUUCUGCACAGUAUAACACGUAUAAAAGUUUUAUUAAGCCCUCAUGGGGAUGCAAAUAUUUUGAUCCUUUUCACAGUCAUGUGAAGAGGAAGGACAGUACCAAUAGAACGAAAGAACUAGGGUUAGUUCAUUUUUAUACAAAAUGUUUAUCAUUAAAUGGAAAAAAUGUGCAAAAGGGUAGUAAGUCACUCAUUGAUGUAAGAGGUGUAGCAAAUCAAUAUCACGACAGCGUAGGAAUGAGAAAUGUAAGGAGGGUACACAAAGAUAAAAUGACGAAUGUAGAGGAGUCCGAGAUAAUAAUAGAGCACCCUUCUUCUGCAUUCCUAUCAUUACAACAGGUCAAGUUCUGCAAAAUGAAAGAAAAAUACGAAUGUCCAAUAUACCCCACCCUUUCUCCCAUGACAAAUCAACGGGAACAAAGGAAAAUAAAUUCAUUUUCAGUGAAUUGGAACAAAUAUUUCUGCAAAAUUAAAACAAAUGGAGAAUUGACAAAAAGGUGUGAGGUGGUAGAUAAGACAACAAAUACUUAUAGUGAUAAUCAAAAAGGAGAUAUUCAUUCUUUUUGGUGUUAUCAUUUGAAUAAUUAUUUAGAAUUAUCCAAGGCGAAGUUAACACUAUGGGUUACCAUAAGUAGUACAUUCGGUUAUUUUAUGUUAGGGGGAUCUACAAUAAGUGAAUUUUUUUCCUUAACACUUGGAGUAUAUUUAUGUAGCAGUAGUGCAAAUACGUUUAAUCAAAUUAUUGAAAGAGAUAUUGAUAAAAUAAUGAAUCGAACUAAAAGAAGACCACUAGUAUAUAAUAAUAAAAUUUCUUUAAAAAAUGCCAAAAUUUUUGGUAUUUUAACAGCAGUAGCAGGUUCCUUAAUAUUAUACUUUUUCAAUAACCCCCUAACAUCAUUACUCGGUGUUUUUAAUAUUUUUUUAUACACAUGUGUAUAUACCAGAUUAAAACGUAGAACUCCCUACAACACUCACAUUGGAUCAAUUGUUGGUUCGAUUCCAACUCUAAUGGGAUGUACAGCAGUGGAAGAAAAUUUACUUAUUCCAGAACCAUGGAUAUUAUUUAUUACUCAAUUAUUAUGGCAAUUUCCACAUUUUUAUUCUUUAGCAUAUUUAUACAAAGAUGAUUAUUUAAAAGGAAAAUAUAAAAUGUUUCCACUUGAAGAUAAACAAAAUGGAAUAUAUACAGCUAAUUUGUGUAAACCAUAUUUAAUUUUAUUAACAUCUUUACCUUUUGUAUUUUUUUUUUGUGGGUAUACUUCCUAUAUGCACAUAUUAACAUCCCUAUUGCCAAAUUUAUAUAUUUACUAUAAGUUUCAAAAAAUUUUUCAAAAUUCUUCCAAAAGUAAUAUUCGGUCCUUUUUUAAGCAUUCCCUUUGGCAUAUCAUUGUUUUGUUAGCCCUGUCCUCCUACCACACACAGAUUCCAGAUAAUAAAAGCAGCACCCACAGCACAAAUGGCCAACGUGUCUCCAAGAGCAUAGAGCCGGUUUCUUAUCAAACUGACGAAUGCAGUUGCAGCAGUACUGAGAAUUUCAGCAGCCCAGAACAUGUGGUUGGUACCGAGGAGCAUACAGACACUACUGAAUAUGCAAUUACAAAGUUUAAGAAGAAGUUUCUAAAAUUCUGCAUAGUUUUUUCGUAA